CAGGCUUGAAGGGGAGCAAAGGAAGACAGAUGAACAGGAUCAUGAAAGACUCUGCACACCUGUUGGACAUUGAUCGUCAACUUGUGCACUCUUGGAUGUCCCUGCUGAGUGUGGAUGAUCUAAUGAGCUUCAUAUCCAGUGUGCAAGUGGAGCUCCUAGACAUUCUUCAUCACAUGCAGUUCAGGUUCAAAUUUGGAAUGACUCACUUAAACUACAAAGCUUUGAAAGAAUUGGCUUCUCAUCUCGUCAAUAUAGAAAGCUGUUGGAGGAGGAGUUUCAGUGACCAGUAUGGAGAGUGCUGCCUGAAAACUGCAGUAAGGCUUCUCGGUUCUGUCUGCUCUCAAGUGAAAGAUCCAGCCUGCUGUGAUGUUCCCCUUCACUUCCUUGAUCUGGUCUGUCUGAUUGCCAAGGCAUAUGACCACACUGAUUCCCAGUCAAGAGUGAGAAUUCACGAAGAGUCAAUCGGGGAGACAUUAGAAACAGUGAGGGAAUGGCGGAGAAAUACCUUCAAAAACAAGCUGCUUAAUGAAUGGAAUCAGGCGCAGUUUUCUGUACCCCAUGAAAUUGAGGUAUGGGAAAAGUUACUCUCGCGAUCCUUCAGUCAUGAGGAGCACACUUCAUACUGGAGAACCACCUUCAUGGAGGAUUUUGGAGCAAAACUAAAACAGGAACAUCCAAUGGAUCAAAUUGGAAUAUACGCUAACAAGAUGGAAGAACUGAGCAAGACAAGUCCAUUGUUAUGCAGCACAAUGGAGACAUAUGCAGUGGAGGCGGUCGAGGCUAUAUGUCAGGACACAUCUGGUAGAGCUGUUUCUGCUCUGUUGGAGAAACAUGAUAUCACGAAGUUUGGGAAACUGAUGUCUGUUGUUCUGCUGAAGACAUGGCCCACAAAUGCAAAAGGAGAUCACAUUCAAGGGGAGGACUUGAUAUUUGAGUACCUUGUAAACUGGCCCACGGCCAAAAAUGUCUUCCAAAUGACAGGCGCAAGAGGAGGACUUGUCAACAAAUUGUCAGAGGAAGCGCAAAUGAGGAUAACUUUGGCAAGUUCAGCAUUCAGAUCUGUGUCAGAGAAGUUCCUCAGCGGAGAAAUCCAAAUUAAAACUUUAAACCAAAUCCUCAACAAAGAACAACAAUUUAUGGACUUGUUGAAGAUAGAUGGUCUCUGUGAUGAUGGUCGGUGUAAAGAUGACAGUAACAUGAGAAGAUUACUGAGAUUAAGAAAAGGGGAAGCAGAAGCUGUGCACAGUGAGAAGGAGCUGGUCAAGAGUCUUGUACAAAUCUGCCAAGAGCUUCCCCAACAUGUCAAAGUUGACUUUGAGGGGUUGGACAAAAAACUUCAUCAGAACAUUGAGAUGAUGAAUCUGAAUGAAUUAAUGAAAGUUCACACUCUUGAUGGACGGACCUCUUCUACAACUGGGAAGGUCACGUAUUAUAACCUUUGUGAUGUCACCCGUCAAAUGGCCUCAGAUUUGCAUGCUAUUAAAGACAGCUCAAUCUUCAGAAUUUGCUGGAGAACCCGAGUAGAAGAGCUGUCAAGGGACCAACCUGAUACAGAUGACACUGAAUAUUCCGAUGGAAAUGAAGAAAUCUACACUCUUGACCAUGUCUACCAUCAAAUUUUCCGGAGCUGCUACAGCAAGUACAAAGUUCUUUAUGAUGGUCUGAAGAGUGGGAAAGUGUUACUGGAGGAAAUAGACAGCAUGGUUGAGGUCUAUAAAGCGAAGUAUGAAGACUUGCAGAAAGAUUUAGAUAUCAUGUGCAGAAUAGAUUCACAUGAUAACAGAAACUGGAUCCGAAGAAGGAUUUCACAGAUUCAACACUACCAUGAAUUUCAUCUUGCAAUGGAAUCUGCCAAAAUCAUCAUGGAUAUCAGGAACACAAUAUGUCCAGAAGGAGACUUCAGAGUACUGGAGAAAUUACUACAAAUGAAUCAAGCUGACUUCAAGAAAAACACCCUGGAUUUCAUAGAUGAUACCAUCAUAAAUGCCAAAAAUAUUCUGAAGGGCAUUACGGAUAAUCGCAGGGAAUGUCUUCAGGAACUCAGUCUAAGACUGAACUUUGUGCUCUGGGUCAAAGAAGCACUUGAAGAUAUCAGUGAGCUGAAAGUUUUCGUCGAUCUGGCAUCCAUCUCUGCUGGAGAAAAUGACUUGGAUGUGGAUCGAGUGGCCUGUUUUCAUGAUGCUAUCCUUGGUUACUCGUCCAUACUGUAUGGUCUGAAGGAGGACUCUGACUUUGAGGACUUCAUGGUGGCCGUGUCAAAAUUGUGGAUGGCAUUUGAAAAUGACAGAAAUAUACCAUGGAAGCUGCGGGAUACAGCACGACAUCUGGAAUGGUUAAAGAAUGUUAAAGAAAGCCAUGGAUCUGUUGAAUUUUCAUCUCUGUCCCUGGCUACAUCCAUCAAUGAGAGAGGGAUAUACACCAUCAAGGCCCAAAACCAGAAAAGGCUUGCUUUAGAGACUUCCCUGAUGCUGCAAAUUCAGGACGGACAGGAGGAAAACAUGACAUGCACCUAUGAGGACUUGAAAGAGUUGCAAAACAAGCUUAUGCUCAUGUCUGGAAGAGGAGAGCAAAAUCAAAGUGAAGUUGAGCAAUUCGCUGAGGUGUUUGACAAUUCCAAUUCAAUCAGAAGAAGGCUCCCAAAUGGCUUCUGCUCAAAACAACCUAAUCUCGUAAUCUGCCCACACAAUGAGGUGCUGACUUCAAGUAUCUGCUUGUACAUGACCAGUGACGAUGAACCACUGCCGAGUUAUGAUGAGGUUCUCUUGUGUACCCCUGCAACAUCGCAUGAGCAAGUAGAGCUUUUCCUGAGGAGAUGUCUCACACCAGGUGACACUGGCCAGAAGAUUUACACAAUGCUUUGGGCUGAUCAACUAACCUAUGACAUUAGCUGUGCAAUGGAGAAAUGUUUUCAGAAACUCCGUUCCCUUUUUAAACAUGAUUACAGGCUAGUGAUCUUUUGCAGCUCUGACAGGGAGCACACCUAUAUUCCUACUGCAUUCAGUCAAUUCAAAAGUGACUUUGUGCCAGAAGAGCCGUUGGAAAAUAUCCAGAAAUACUUGUCAAGGUAUUACACUGUCAUGUCAGAUUACAAGAAUGCUGCGUUCAAAGGUGGCCAUUCUGUUGGCAUUGUUGCUUCCCGAUGUGCAGGAGUAGGUAAGUCACUGUAUGUCCAAAGAUUGUAUGAAAAGAUGGAAGGAACUGUUGAACCAGGAACUGCAUUCAAGAAGUGCAUCCGUCUAACUGAUCAUGAGGUUGAUGACCACAAGGUUCUCAAGUCUUUGUAUGACACACCGAAACAAAAAGAUCUAAAAGUGUUUCACUUUGAUGUCACAUCCUCGGUGCAAAAAGGCUUGAAUGAAUUCCUCUUCAAGCUUUUCUUUUUGCGGUACCUGAUGGAUUCAGAUGGACGGAUGUGGCGCUGUAGCCACCAACACUUGUACAUCGUCGAGUUACUGGAAUCAAUAAAUUAUCAGCCCAGAUAUGCCCCCAGAUCUGGACGAAAGGAAGACUUUGGGUUCUUGGACGUUUUUCCUAAGGUUUUUUGUCGUCCACCAAAGGAGGUUAUGACUUUGGAAAUGAAGAGAGAGGAAAAUGCUGACAUGGAGAGUGAUGAUCCCCUCAUGGAUGAUGAAUGUUUCAGGAGUGAAGCUUACCAGAGACCAUACCAGUACCUCACACGUUUUUACAACAAUGACAAUCUUGACAACUUCACUUACCAGGGCAUUGAAGGGAGUCAUGCAAAAUGUCUUCAGAUACUCUUAAUCUACUGUGGCAUAAUAGAUCCAUCAUGGGCAGAGCUACGUAAUUUUGUCUGGUUCCUAAAUCUUCAGCUGCAAGACUGUGAGAAUUCAGUCUUCUGCAAAUUUGAGUUUGUUGGAGACACUCUUCAUGGGUUCAGAAACUUUGUGGUUGAGUCUAUGAUCUUAAUGUCCAAAGACUUUGCAACCCCAUCACUAUGCAUCACUGACCAGAGCCCAGGGGGGCAACAAAUUGACAUCAGUGGGCUUAAAGAGAGGGAAUUGGCUCCAUUCCUCAUUAGAAGAAGGUGGGAGUCUGAGCCACAUCCAUACAUCUUUUUUAAUGAUGACCACAUGUCCAUGACUUUCAUUGGAUUUCACCUGAAGCUCAUAGACCAGAAUGGGGUUGAUGCCAUAAAUCCUUUGACAGGAGAAGUGAUAAAGAAAAACAUCAUGACUCAAAAGCUUUACGCUGGCUUAAAACUUCAGGGAGUCCCUUUUAAUAGGGACUUUGAUCAGCUUCCUCGAGCUGACAAGAUUGAGCAUCUGUGUAGUGUGCUUGGCAUCAAGUGGCCAAAAGAUCCUGAUGAAACAUAUGAACUUACCACUGAUAAUAUCCUCAAAAUGAUGGCAAUUCAUAUGAGAUUUAAGUGCGGUAUCCCUGUCAUCAUAAUGGGUGAGACAGGAUGUGGUAAAACGAGACUCAUAAAAUUUAUGUGUGAAUUGAGAAGAUGUGGAGCACCAGCAGAAAACAUGAAAAUCGUCAAGGUUCAUGGAGGAACCACAUCAGAAAUGAUACACGAUAAAGUGAAGGAAGCAGAAACUCUUGCAAGGACUAAUAAAAAGAAUCUCGAUUUUGACUCAGUUCUUUUCUUUGAUGAGGCAAACACCACAGAAGCCAUCAGCAGCAUCAAAGAGAUCAUUUGUGAUAACUCAGUGCAGGGACAACAACUGGGUUCUCAAACAGGACUGCAGAUUAUUGCUGCCUGCAACCCUUACAGGAAGCAUACAGAUGAGAUGAUUGAGAGGCUAGAGGCAUCAGGAUUGGGCUACCGGGUCAGGGUUGAGGAAACUGAAGACAGGCUUGGUGCCAUCCCUCGCCGCCAGCUUGUGUAUCGUGUUCAUGUGUUACCCCCCAGCAUGAUUCCUCUUGUUUGGGACUUUGGGCAGCUCAGUGACUCAACAGAGCAAAUGUAUAUCAAACAAACAGUGCAAAGACAGGCAAAGGCCAACUUUAUUGAGAAGCAUUAUAUUCCAACUAUAACCCAGGUGAUGUCGUCAUCACAGAAGUUAAUGAGGGAGAGGAAAGAUUAAUGCAGCUUUGUCAGUUUGAGGGAUGUUGAACGUUGCAUGCAAGUGUUUGUGUGGUUCCACAAAAAUCACCCCAUGUUUGUUGUGGAACUAAGAGCAUUCCUUAAACAGCAAUUUCAGGGGGAAAAAGAUGCAAACAAGUCACCAUUUUCACCUGCUAGCGACAGAGUAAUCUGGUCACUCUUGAUGGCCACUGGGGUGUGCUAUCAAUCCUGCUUGGAGGACAAAAAGCCAUAUCGAAAAACUAUCAGCCAGUUGCUUCCUCGUGAAUACAACACAAAGAGAAUACUGCAGGAAAUCCAACUCAUGCAGGACCUCCUACUCAAUGGUGUACCCAUGGGUAAGACUAUAGCAAGAAAUGAGGCUUUGAAAGAGAAUUUCUUCAUGAUGGUGAUCUGUGUUGAGCUAAGAAUUCCCUUGUUUAUUGUUGGGAAACCAGGGAGCUCCAAAUCACUGUCCAAAACCCUAGUUGCAGAUGCAAUGCAGGGCCCUGCCUCACAUUCUGAACUCUACAAGAGGCUGAAGCAGAUACAUCUGGUGUCUUUCCAGUGCAGCCCUCAUUCAACUCCUGAAGGAAUCAUCAGCACAUUCAAACAAUGUGCCCGCUUUCAAGAAAGCAAAAACUUGGAUGAAUACAUCUCGGUUGUUGUUCUUGAUGAGAUUGGAUUGGCUGAGGAUUCCCCUAAAAUGCCACUGAAAACACUGCACCCAUUACUGGAAGAGGGCUGCGUUGAUGAUGAGCCCCAGCCUCAUAAACGGGUUGGGUUCAUUGGAAUUUCCAACUGGGCGCUAGACCCUGCCAAGAUGAAUCGCGGAAUAUUUGUGUCCCGUGGAGAUCCAAACCAGCAAGAACUGAUUAAAAGUGCUACAGGGAUAUGCUCAUCUGAAGAAAAGGCCCUUGAAAAUAUCAGACACCUCUUUAAACCCUUUGCAGAAGCAUAUAUGACAAUAUGCAGAGAAGGCAGAGGCUUUUUUGGUCUGCGGGAUUUCUACAGUCUGAUAAAGAUGGUAUUUUCAAUUACCAGAAUGUCUAAUGAGUGUCCUACUGCAGAUAAAAUCACUGGAGCAGUCCUGAGAAACUUCAGUGGAAAAGAUGAUGUGGAUGUGAUGGCCAUAUUUAGCAAAGAACUCAGGGAUGACUGUGAAAAUGCCAACAUCACCGCCAUUGGUAUGGUCGAGGAAAGCAUCUCAGCUUGCCAAGUGGAGGAAAAUCGUUACCUUUUAAUCCUCACAAAAAACUACGCAGCUCUUCAGAUUCUCCAACAGAUAUUCUUCUCUCACCAAAUCCAUCCAGAGAUCAUCUUUGGGUCUGGUUUCCCAAAAGAUCAGGAGUACACACAGAUUUGUAGGAACAUCAAUCGCGUCAAGGUUUGCAUGGAGACUGGACAGACAGUGGUGCUACUGAAUCUUCAGAAUCUAUACGAAAGUCUGUAUGAUGCUCUCAACCAAUACUAUGUGACUCUAGGAGGUCAAAAGUAUGUUGAUCUAGGAUUAGGAACACAUCGUGUGAAAUGCAGAGUUCACAAAAACUUCAGGCUCAUUGUUAUUGAAGAGAAAGAGGUGGUCUACGAACAGUUUCCAAUCCCGCUGAUUAACAGGUUGGAGAAGCACUACUUGGACAUCAGUACUGUUCUCAAAGAUGAGCAGAAGUACAUUGCUAGAAAACUACAAGACUGGGUUGAUGGUUUUGUCUCCUUAAAUAGUCAACUCUCCAUGAAAAAGCAGUAUGUUCCAAGUGAUGUCUUCAUUGGUUACCACUCAGACACAUGCUCCUCUGUGGUCUUGCAAGUAACAGAGAAUCAAAGUUUUAAAACAGAUACUCAGACAACACUGGACAAAGCCAAAAACAUUCUGCUUAACUGUGCUACUCCAGACUCAGUUGUUCGUUUGGACAAAUCAAGAUUGCCUGAUGAGGAAAGAGAACAUCUUACAAAAGAAUAUGUUAAAGCGGAGAUGCACAGAUCAUUGGGAGACUACAUUGUCUAUCACACACAGCAGUUGGAACUGUCCAGCUUCUUCUUCACUGAGGUCACAACCUUUUCCAGGCUACUGACUGCAACAGACACUCAACAACUGCAGAAUGUGACAAAGCUUGAUAUCAAGCUGCUAUCACUGCAGCAGUUUGAAACAGAGUUCUCUUUUCUCAAGGAAAUCAGGGAAUUUCUGAGCUCAAUACAUGCAGACAAAGUGCUCAUUAUCCAAACAGACUAUGAUGAAGACUCGUACAGAAGGAACAUUCUUUCUUCAGCUAAGUAUUCAUCCAUAAAUGAAAUAAACAAGUGGACCACUACUGACAUUACAAAGACAUUUUUGUACUUUGUCACCAAACUUCCUCGCAUUGAGGGUGGGACCUCCUAUGUUGGGUUUCAAGGCGGUCCUUGGAAAUCAGUUCACAUUGAUGAUCUCAGAAGAUCAAAAGAGUUUGUUUCUGAUGUUAAUUUCUUGAAAAAUCUACGUAUAAGUGACCUUUUUAAAGAUCCACCUGAAGCCAUGGAGACAGAAGAGCACGUCAGUGUGCCACAAAAUGAUGACUCCACUGUUUUGGGAGAAUUGUUUGAUACUAAAGAACUGGUGCGGAGCUGUGUGCAGAGUGCAGUGAACAUGCUCAGAGAUGCAGAAGACAGUGCAGAACUCAGCACUAAGAGAAUUGAGAGCCUGCUCACACUUCUGGAUGAAAGUCAGACACAAGGUGUCUUCGCAAACAUUGUGAGGAAGCGUCUUCACUUUUUGUUGGAGGACUAUGAAUCCGGCAUCCCCAGUCCAAAAAACUGGGUACUAACUGAGGCAUCUAAUGUCAGCGCUCUUCAAGAGGGAGGAACGUUCCUACACACACUGUGGAGGAAAAUCCAAGCAGUUGUCACUCCACUUCUGGCCAACUUGGUCUCAGUCAUUGACCGUGAUUGCAAUUUGGACCUUCUGCUGAAUGGUGGGGAUGACAUCAGGGACUUAUGGCUUGAGAUAUUUGGGAGCAAAGAUAUGCUCCAUGUGCCUUAUGUGAGGGUUGAAAGCAAGGUAUUAUUGGUACAAAGCCAUGCCACAGGUGGCAACACGAUGCGUUGCCUCGUGCCCUUCAGCUGGUGGAUCAAGGACUUCCUGGAUGGGCUCAUGAUGCAAACAUCCAGACAUGAAAUUUAUUCACCUGGUGAUUUUCGAAAGCUGUUCUUGAACACUCCACUUGGCAGUUACAUGGUUAAAAAUGUGACUGGAAAAAUGAGGAAAGAGUUUUUUGAAAAGUACCUACGGGAUUUUGUUUCAAUGACAAUGAAAGUAGGAUCAGAUGAAGAAUUGCAGCUCUUGUGUCAGGCCUUGGCCAGCUGUGUUGAUGAAAUAAAAAGACAAAUAAGAGAUGAAGAUGAGCUUUCUCUUCCUCACAUCCACAUCGCAUACCAUUUCUACCAAAGUCGUCUUCAGAACCUCUCUCGGAUGAUUUCUCUUCAGCCUGAAAUUGUUUCUCCUUUGCGAGGAAACCAGCACAUUAGACAUUGUCCCGAGAUGGUUUUGGAUGUCCAUGCAGCCAAGGCUUGUGUUGAAUACCUGGAGUCUCCUGAUUUAGAUACUGAUGCUCUCUGCCAGCGCUGGUUGAAGCAGGUUAAGAGGCUUCAGGCCUCUUUGGAGUUGAUUUGCUCCCAACAAAACAUCAAACAAUAUGGACAGCGAUGUAAAGAAAGACUCCGUGAUUUCAGUAAUGUCUGGAAGCGCACCUACAUCCUCUCACUGUUUGUGGAACACAUGCUGCUGAGUUUUCAUAAUGAAGAUAUUCAGCUCAGAAUACUGGUCCUGAAUCACAUUCGAGCCUUAAGCCAGGUUCUGGAGGGCAACUCAGAUAUUAAAUCACUGAAAGCUUUUCAAGCUGUGAUUAAAGUACUGACGUCCUGUAAGCAGGGGGCUAGUGAUCAGCUUUUCAGGUUUGGACUUCAGUGUAUGGUGUGCUUGAGAGAGCCUCAGGACCCUGUGGGGCUGCCAUGCCAUCACAUCUGCUGUUCCACAUGCAUCAGGGCCAGCCUGGAUUCAGGAUGGACCUCUUGUCCCAAGUGCAGGCAACAGUUACCAAAUGACUUUCAGCCACAUGUCUCUGAAGAAAUCAGGGCUUCUUUCAAGAAAAAUGCAGAAUUCAGGCGGCGUUGCAAUGGUUUCUUUGUUGAUAUGCUCUCUACUGUGUGCUUCAAGGACAAUACGCCACCAGCCCCAGGUGUCAUCACCCUUCUGUUGUCCUACGUGAAGGUUGAGACAGAAGAUAAACAGAUUUACACCAAAGAUCUGUCACCUUUUGACGAGUCCCCAGAUAACAACCCAGUCGUGCGAUCUGUGAUCCUCAAGCUGCUGCUGAAGUUCAGCUUUGAUGAAGUAAAGGGAUAUUUGCAGCAGCAUUUGUCAUCUAUUGAAGAAAGCAGAUUUGUGGAUGAGCACAACAAAGCAGAGCUUUAUGCCUUGUACAUCAACUGCUUGGAGGAUUCCAUGUGGGAGAAAAUGCCUAUGGAGGGCAAGAAGGCUGAAGAGUUGAAGCCAUUUUUCAGAGAAGAAACAGAAUUCCUGUGCUUGUUUUUGGCUCAAGUCACUUCUUUUCCAACAACAGUGUCUAUUCAACAUCUACAGCACAUCGCCCGACUGCGUCUGUCCCUCACAAUGGCCACCUAUGUCAUCAAUGACUGUCUGUCUGAUAACAAUUUUCCAGAUGGAGCAGAAGAUUUCCUUAAAAUGGUUAAAAAGGUUUGUGAGGAUAGUGGGAAUGAUUGGUACCGCAUUUACCUGAUCCGCAAGCUCAGCGAAUGGCAUGGUGUCGAGCUCGUCCAGACGCUGGUGAAACAACCAAACUUCAGCUGGCUUUUCCCUAAAGAGAUCCGUCAGCAGAAUGAAGAUGGAGGCCAGAUGGACCAGUUUCUUGUGUACGGGGAUGAAUACAAGUCGGUGAGGGAUGCAGUUGCAAAGGCAGUAGUGGACGGGGAUGUUGAGCAGAUAGAAGAAGUCUGCGAGAAAUGCGCCGCACCACCAAGGAAACGAACAAUGUUCAUCCUCCUGGCGCUUUUCCGAGAGGUUACGACUCUGUACAAGUCUGCAAACACAGGUCUUCAUCCCACCCCUGAGCGACGCCAAGCAUUUGGAGAAUUCAUCCAAGGGUCGAUGUAUCUGCAUCAAAGAGAGGUAAGGGAUUUUGCCUCAGCCUUGGUUCAGAACAGGUUGGGAGCCCUGACCAUCGACCCUGGUAAUACUGUUGGGGAUAAUGCUGUCAUUGAGCUGACCACCCAUCUGGCAGCUGUGCUGCUCACUGAGACUCACGUCCUGCUGAUGCCACUCAAGCAACUUGGUCUGUCUCCUGAAAAUAUGCAGACGGCUUUUAUACCCACAAUGCCUGAUGACAUGUUAGCUGUUGCCCAGGCAGCCAUACCACAAAGCGAUUGGAACAUCACUUGGUAUGUGUGUACGAAUAAUCAUCCAUGCUUUGUUGAUAAGUGCGGCCUGCCCAUGGAGAUAGGCAAAUGUUUGGAGUGUGGCGAGGAGGUGGGAGGGACGCAUCAUUCAGCCUUGCCUAAUUUUAAACAACUUCCGUUGCAGCAGGAUCGUACAAGGCCCGGCCACAUCCUGGGAGACCCUGAGCAGAGAAAAAACCCAGAUGCUCUGGACACUAAAAACAUGUCUCUGACUCCCUUCACUCUGGUCAGACUGGUUACACAUUUGGCUUUGUUGCUGGGAGCCUCAGAUAAGUCCCAGUUUGUCCAAAACAUCAUCCAGCCACCUGUGGAGGAUGUUUGUUCCUUUCUCACCCUACACAUAAAAACGGAUCUGGAUCAGCUGUCACAGGCACUGGGAAAAGGAGCUGAUGACACUAUUACAACUGUCCACUUGGUGCUCAGAUCCCUACAAGACCUAUUGCACGCCAGUCACUCUGAUAUUGAACCAAACUUAACAACCAAAGCAUCCAGAAACUCCUGGGAGACUACUAUGGCUGCAGAAUUUAUGACACCUCUGUUGAAGGAUCUUGAUCAGCUCCUGCAAGAAGGAAAGGGCAGCAUCAGGACUGACUCCCGGGUAUCUUCCAACUUCAUCAUGAGGACAACCUUCGGUGAUGAUUGUACUUUCCUGACAUCUCUGCCGCAGGGCUCUGAAGUCCAUAACUCAGCGGUGUGGAGCUGCAGGGAGAGGCUCUCCUUGCUCAGCCUCACACACACUGUGGAGCAUAAUGACCAAAAGGAGGCGCUGCCUCUGCUAUGGAGGUUCCUGCAGAAGGAGAGAGAAUUUCGCCAGAUUAAGUUUCUUCCAGACAUCCUAAUCCUGCAAAAACGCCUGGUGAGAAAGUUCCAGAACACAUCUGACCAGAAAAUUGGCUCCAUCAAAGAGUUCAUCGAGAAGCAGACAGAAAUGAGAAGAUGGUAUGAAAAACGAAUCGUCAUCUUCCUGAAAACAUGGAAUCUGCUCAGACUGUCUGUAACCAGCAGUGAGAUGAAAAUUCCAGAUUCCAUUAGUAAGGAUUUGGACCUGAACAGCGACCUGCAGUACCUUCUGCCCCAAUGGCAGGGUCCGGGCUUGUGUGCCACAGGGCUGGUCUGCUACCUUGUGGCACUACAAAAUGAGCUGGUGUACGCUGUGGAUAGUCACACCGGAGAGGACAGCAGCAGUUACAAGGUGAGUGUGGCAGAGCUGGCGGAGCAGCAUGUGAUCCGCUACGAGCUGGAGAAGGACCUGCUUCCUCUGGUUUUAUCCAACUGUCAGUACAGCUUGGAACGUGGCCAUGAGACGAUAUCACAGUAUGACCUGCCCAGGAUCCAGUAUCAGAUCCUCACCCGCUUCCUGCAGGGAAAACCCAUCCUCACCUGCACAGGAAUUCCCACUCUGGUCAACGCACAAGAGAGAGAAUAUAAAACCAUUUUCAAAGCCGUUGAAGGAAAAGUGCAUCAGGAUCCUCUGUCCUCUCUGACCCGGAACGCUGUGUCCAGAGAGCUGAGAUCCUACAGCGAUGUGUGCGAGGCAUUCAGGAUCGUGGAGCUGCUCCUGGGUUUCCUAUCAAUGACUGGUGGUGAUCCCACGAUGAAACUGGUCACUUACCUCCAGGACGUGCUGAAGAUGGCCAACCGCAUCGAUCAUCACAUUUUGCAGGCUCUGGGCAGAUGCACCCUCAGACACUGUGUUUCAUUGUGGCAACUCCUCUCCUCUCUUAAAUCUGAAAACAUGCUGCGUCUCAAGAGGGAGCCCUUUUCGGGAUAUCCAGCUAAGUACCAGAUGCCGCUGACAGAGGAAGACAAGAUUGAUCUGAAAGGCUUCCUGUCCUGGGGAAACGUGGACCAGUGGCUGCUUGAGAUGCACGAGUUCCUUCUGUUGAAUCUGGGCCGUCCGCAGGCCACUGACUACUACAAUCCAUCCUGGAGUGUGAAAGAAACUGUGGCUGCCUACAUGGACCCCAAAGUAGUGGGGUUGCCUCUUUACGUGAAGGACAAGUUCCCUGAAAAUCUGCAGCUAUCUCAGAUUGUGGAGACUUGGAAAUUUGCUGUCACCGCCAAACAGGACUGGAUGAUGGAGGGAUGAACCGGAUGAGUUUAUAGAGAUUUUAGUUUUUGGAUGAAUUUACAUUAUGAUUCUAGAAACCAAAGCAGUUUACUUUUUUUUUUUUAUUUGUCUGUUUUUGUUGAUUAUUCUGUGAUAAUUACUUUAUGUACGGAAAGAGUUAAAAAUGGCCUUAUAGCUAUUUACUGCCUUUUAUUAAUAGCAAUAAUUUGAAGAAUUACUGUCUGAGCCUCGUUUGAACAAAAUGUCAGUAUCUCCUUAGGAAAAGGUUUGACUAGGACAGUAUAUUGUAACUUUUAUAUUAUGUUUCAGGAUUACGUUAGUUAAAUUUCUUGGAAUAAGUUUAUAUCAAUAGUGACCACCAAAAUCGGAGUAGUGUCUGCAUGUUGGUAUGAUAAAGUAGGGAAGAAAAGAUAUGAAAUUACAUAUUUUUCAUUUAAUUUUUCUUACAAAUUAAAGUACUUUGAAUGUUUAUUUGCAUUAAUAUGAAGGUAAAAUAUUCUUUGAAACAAAACCUUUUGUUUACAAUAUCAGAUCAUGUCAAAUUAUCUCUGGUGCAGUCUUUGAUUUAUCUUAUUUUAUGUCUUUUUGUUCAGUCUGUACCUGUUUGGGGUCAAUGAUACUAGAAAAUCAUGGACAUAGUGUCUGUGAAAACACCCAUCAGCGUUUGCAGGGGUGUUUGAAAGCCUGGAUAUAGGUGUAUUCUUCACUGAAAAUCAGGAAACAGGAAGCAGAACAUCUCCCUACUCUUUAAACAUUUUAAGUUGUAACGUUUUAUGAAUAAAAGAACCAUUUUGAGAAUGUAGAACAUUAAUAAUGUGUUACAAGGUUCCAAAAUCUGCUUACAGGCCAACAGCCGAAAAACCAGAGGUAUCUUAUUUUAUGUAAAACGGUGAAAAGCAUGUAACCUUUCAUACUGUAAGGCUGUAAGCAGUAAAUGUUCAUUUGUAUCUGCUGAGGGAUUAAAGUUUAAGUCCUCAAUUGAUUAUAACAUUUGGAAUACAUUUACAUUUUUGUUAAGUAAUCAAUCAUUCAACUUAAAUAUACAUGUGUAACCUGAUACUGUAGCCUCAUACUGUAAGUAUCUUGUUUUGAGUUUAAACAGAUUUUUCUUUUUUUCAUUGUAUUGUUUAAAAAAACUGCAACUUUGCCGAACCACUUAUCAAUUAAAUUGUCCUAAUUAUACACCAUAAACUCCUCAUAAAAGCUACUUUUCACUGAUUCUAGAUCUUUCUUUGCAGAUUUAAAAACAUACUGUUAGCUGA